AUGAAAAGGCCGGCUGCCCGUGAAUCUGAAGCCUCGGUGAAAAAGGCCAAGCAGGCCCCAGUGGAGGGGCGAGAUGAUGAUGAUGAUGAUGAAAUGGGAAAAGAGAGUGGAGAAGAGGGAGAGGAAGAGGAAGAGGAAGAGGAAGAGAAAAAGGAUGACGUGAUGAAAAGGCCAGCUGCGGCCAAAGACUCCAAGCAGGAGGGCGAUGAUGAUGAUGAAAUGGGAAAGGAGUGUGAGGAAGAGGAAGAGGAAGAGGAGGAAGACAAAGAGGAUGAUGUGAUGAAAAGGCCAGCUGCCUCGGCCAAAAGCGCCAAGCAGGAGGGCGAGGAUGAUGGUGGGGAGGAGCAGGAGGAAGAGGAGGAGGAAGAUGAUGAAGAGCAGAAUGCCGAAGAACAACCCCAGGACCAGCAGAGCAACAAGGUCAAAGCACACUGGGGCCCAAAGUUCCGAGAGCUGGCGAAGAGGAUUAACCAGAAAGACGGCCUCACGAUGGGAUGGAACCGCUUCGAGAAUGUGGAAGCUGGGCCUGUGGAAGGCUGCUCUAAUGGCGGCUGGCUGGACCCCCUGACACGAGGUUCUGGGAACACCGGCAGAAGCGAUCGCCUCGCUCCCGAAGAGCAAAAGGGCUUAAUGUUACACCUGAUCGACUUCGUGGCCCAGAAUGCCGCCGGAUCUAAUGCGGAUUUGUACUGCUUGGACCUCUUCGCCGGGAAGAGAUCCAUCGAAAGCGCCUUCAGCAGUGGUCUUACAGUUGGCCUGGACUACUUCGAUGUGAGUGCAAGGGAAGAGGACGAUCUGCUGACCGUGCCGUGGCUGCCGUUGAUGAAGCAGCGCCUCACGAAGGCCAAGAAGAAAGAGCUGAAGCUUUCUUCGAAAGGAGGGAACGAUGGAGCGAGUGUGUUGGGGAGUGAGUGUCACCUGUCCGUGGGUGUGAAGAAGCUUUCCGAGGCUGCAGCGAUCAAGCUCCCAACGGUGCAGCCGCCGUUUCAUUGGAAGCAUGCGAAUCUCGAGCCGGUCUUUCUGUUUCUUGUGAAAGAAAUCGAGGCUGUCAAUGAGUUUGUCGUUGUGCAAGCAGUAGAUGAUUCCGUGGCUGCGACACCAGUUUCUGUUGUAGAAGCCUGGUGUGUUAUCGAUCUGAUGCCGGUCGCUAUCGACGUGGCGAAGAUUUUGGAGCAGGCCCGAAAGAGGUCCUACGACAGCAGCAAAGAGGAUGCCCAGAAUCCCUUCCCAGAGUAUGAAGACACGCCGCCUGGAAAGAGAGCUUUUCAAUCGGGUAAGGCCGGGAAAGAGCCGCUCAGACUCGACUCUGCACAGACAGUAGUCGUGGAGACGCCGCCGCCGAAACCGAAGCGGGCCGGCACCGAUGAUUUAUCAGGGUCUCUUUCUAAGAAAGUCAGAAAUGCUCUGAGGAGGCCACAAUCAGUGGAUCAAGAGUCUGAUUCACAGAGACAGCAUCGUGCGAAGACGACACAGAAGAAGCUGGAGCAAGAUUUUCAGGCGGCGGAUGACAGCCAAAACACGCAAGACCCCGAUGCCAAAGACGAAGCCAACACCAGCAGCCCAGCCUCCACCAAAGCCUCAACCACUAGAGGAAAAGCAAAGGCCAAAGCAAAGGGUGCCGCUAAAUCCGUUGCCAAGAAGAAAGGCACAGCUGAGCACGAUGAAAGCGAGGCCCCAACCAAGUCCAUGAAGGACUCUGGAAAGAAAGGCAAAGCUAAGGAAAGCGAGGCCCAGGACUCUGGAAAGAAAGGCAAAGCUGAGGAAAGCGAGGCCCCAACGAAGCCCACGAAGGACUCUAGAAAGGAAGGCAAAGCUGAGGAAAGCGAGGCCCCGACCAAGCCCAAGAAGGACUCUGGAAAGAAAGCCACAGCUCAGGAAAGCGAGGCCCCGACCAAGCCCAAGAAGGACUCUGGAAAGAAACGCAAAGCAGAGGACGUUGAAAGCGAGUCCCCAAGCCCACCCAAGGCCAAGAAGCACUCCAGUGCCGACAGCCCCCGCACGAGGAAAGCGCAGGAGGAUCACAGGACAGCCACCUCCAGCAAGGAUCCUAUGCCCAGCCCCAAGAAAUCCACAAGCAAGCAGCCUCCAUCCCCUGACAAAAAGAAGCAGGGCAAGGAGGAUGAAUCCAAGGAGGAGCAGAGCCUAGAGGAGAAGAAGAAGACUGCACACAAGAUGUACAUGAGGUUUUACCGAAAUGUGCACGGCAAGAACAAGAUGAGCAGUUUGUACGAGGACUUCCUCCAGACGGAGGGAGACUGGACGAAAUCGAUGAUCUUGAAGACCAUUAAGUCCAUCACCCGAAACGGCCGACGCGGAAUUCGCCGGUGGCAGACACGAUCCCAGCUGAUCAACCACUUCGGUGACACGAAAAUCGUGGACAGCAUUAUUGCCCGGAAGGAGACCGACGAGCACCUACGCAAGACGGAGAUGCGAAAGCACCCAGACUGCCCAGGACUCGUGCAGUACCUCGUUUUGAUGGAUGAGGAAGUGACCGACGAGGAUGUGGAUGAGAUUACCGACAUGUUCCGGGCCAAGGAUGGGGCUCAGUCCGACGACAGCUCAGGCUCGGACGAUGAUCACAACGACAAGCCAGACUCGAAACGUGGCAAGGACCGUGAAGCCGUGAGCGAGUGUUUCAUGAAUGAAUCAGUGGGUGGGUGA